CCAAUCGGCGCGCCGGCCGCGGGGGGUUUAUACCGGCGGGGCAGCCGGGGCGGCUGCUGGGCGGUGGCAGCAGCGGCGGCGGGUGCGGCAUCAUGGAGAGCGGGCGGCAGGUGGCGAACUUCGGGGCCGGGCCGGCCAAGCUGCCGCGCUCCGUAUUACUAGAAGCACAGAAGGAAUUGGUGGACUACAAAGGACUUGGUAUAAGUGUUCUUGAAAUGAGCCAUCGGACCUCAGACUUCACAAAAAUUUUAAAUACAGCUGAAAAUCUCAUUCGUGAAUUGCUAAAUGUACCAGAAAACUACAAAGUCCUUUUCCUCCAAGGAGGUGGAUCUGCUCAGUUCAGUGCAGUCCCACUUAACCUUAUUGGUUUAAAGGAGGGAAGACAUGCAGAUUAUGUGGUUACUGGAGCUUGGUCAGCAAAAGCAGCUAAAGAAGCAGAGAAGUAUGCCAAAGUGAAUAUCGUUCAUCCAAAACUAGGAGCCUAUACAAACAUUCCUGACCCAAACACUUGGAAUCUUAAUCCAGAUGCAUCCUAUGUCUAUUACUGUGCUAAUGAGACUGUUCAUGGUGUGGAGUUUGACUUUGUACCCGAUGUCAAAGGAGCAGUCUUGGUUUGUGAUAUGUCAUCAAACUUCUUGUCCAGACCUGUGGAUGUUUCCAAGUUUGGAGUGAUUUUCGCUGGUGCUCAGAAGAAUGUUGGCUGUGCUGGAGUUACUGUUGUAAUAGUACGUGAGGACUUGUUGGGAUUUGCACUGAAAGAAUGCCCUAUAGUACUGGAUUACAAAACGCAAGCAGUGAACGGCUCUUUGUACAACACUCCACCGUGCUACAGUAUUUAUAUCAUGGGACUGGUGCUGGAAUGGAUAAAGAAUAACGGUGGAGCUGCAGCUAUGGAUAAACUUAGUUUAAUCAAAUCACAAAUGAUUUAUGAUAUUAUAGACAAAUCUAAUGGAUUCUAUGUGUGCCCCGUGGAGAAGAAGAACCGAAGCAGAAUGAAUGUCCCUUUCCGUAUUGGCAGUACCAAGGGUGAUGAAGCACUGGAAAAGAAAUUUCUUGAGAAAGCUGUGGAGCUCAACAUGAUAUCUCUGAAAGGGCAUCGAUCUGUGGGAGGAAUCCGUGCCUCUUUAUACAAUGCAGUGACUGUAGAAGAUGUUCAGAAGCUUGCAGCAUUCAUGAGAAGCUUCCUGCAGAUGCAUCAAUCAUAAAUGCUGAUGGGUUAGAACCAUGCUGCACAUCUAUGGAAUAAAAGCUAAAGGGUUUGAGAGUUACUGUGGUACCACACAGCUAUAGCGCACAAGUUAUAUUUUCUUUCAGUUCCUGUAGCUAUUUUAGUUAACUUUAGGGGAUUGAAGCUCAAUCUUGCAAUGACUUUGUAGCCUUGGCUUCACUGAAGGUGAGGAUCCCCAAACUGAUCAAUAUCGGUUCCAAAAUUUGCAAAACAGUUUUCUAAUGUGUAGUUAAAACAUGAAUAGCAUUGUGAAAUGCUAUGGAUCUGAGUCUGAUUCUUGCUUCUAGUCACAAAUGACUUCUUCAGCAAUGCCUUGUUCUCAGUAAAUGUCAGGAGACAAAAUCUGUCAUAGGCUUUCUGCAAAGCUUUACAAAUACCCUGUGACUGCACAGUGGAGCUAGAACUAAUGUUAAGUGUUCUCUAAGGACAUCUAGUUGGUUUAUCAGAUAUAAUCUACCAGCAGGAAUAUAGUUUAGAAGUUAGUGUCUGUGUUCCUAACUUGAGGACCUUGCCUUCAGACUUCUGCUCCCAUGCUUGAAGUACUAUCUUAAUAGUUCCACGUAGCGAUACCAAUUGUGGUUAAAGUCUGUAAGACUGAGCCUUUUUUCAUGUUAUCAUUUAUAGGUUUAAAGCUAAGAUGCAUGAGUCUGUAAUUACAUAAAUUUAUAUGUUGUUUAUUUCUCUGUGCAUUUUGUAUGUUAAACUUCUGUAGGUCAAUUAAUUUUAUAUUCUUAUUUUGGGGUGUGCGUAUCUGCUUCUGCCAAAAACUUGGUUUUAAUUUGUUAACCUACUGCCAAACUAGAUGGCUGUAUUCCGCUUGGUGGAUCUGCGACUUUCUCUGUACUGACUUCCUAGCCCAAAGUACAGCAGUCUUUCUUGUUUGGUGCUUAUAAAAUGUCUUCCCUCUAAUUGCUCCAGUAUUUUCUCUGCCUUUUCAUUGCUUCAGUUCUUUACCUUUUUGUGUGUGGGUAUUUGCCUAGCUGCAGUAAAUACAACUCUUGACUUCUCUGCCUUUUCCUGACACUUCAUCCCACUUUUGGCACACCUUUCUCACUCGAUCCUUCCAGACUUUGAUAGUCUGGGCUAGAGAAGGAACUAUGGUUUUAUGAAAAGAUCUGUUAUACUAUCCUUAAGUUACUUUUCUUUCUCAGCUUGUGACUUUAUUGCCGUUUACCAUAUAGAGACACUAGCCUCCUACUUUAACUUAUGUAGAAGCUAUCUGCUAGUGUCAUAGUGUUUAGCAUUACUGCAGCUGCUUACAGACUGUAAACUCUUUGGUACAGGACUGGAGUUUUCUUAUUUUUAUGUAACACCAAUACAGUAGUAACCAUUUAAUAAUGAUAAUGAUGGACUGUCCCUUUCUUAGUGGAACCUCAUAGCAGGUCAGUGGAGUUGUGCUAGGGUUACGUUACACUCCUAGCUGAAAAGUCAUUAUUUUAACUACUGUUUUGAGAUUUUUGUCAACUUAGUGUAAUUCAAAGUAAUUAAACAAAUCAGGCAAAGAAAAUAAAACUUAAUCACAGCGUGCUGUGAAGUAGCAGUGUGUCUGAAGCUUUUGUUUUUGCCACUUUCUGAAGGAUGAGAAGUCGUGCAUGAUGUGUUAGAGUUUUAGAUUCCAGUAUCAUCCUUUUCCCUAGAAGGCAAGCUUCCCUCAUCUAUGUUUUAUUUCUUUCUGAAAAUAACCUUUUCUGUAACUAGCAUGGAAACAAGACUAUUACUACAAGAAGGCUUCGAGAACUAUUUGUACCCUGCCAAUGAUGAAGAUAUAUUUCAGGUUCCAUAUUAAGCUUUUUAGCUUUCUUAUAUUCCACUCUCUCCGAAUUUUGUAUACUUGCUUUCAACAAUAUCUGUGGCUUAUAUCUCUUUUUAAAAGCUACUAAACCUUUCUUUUUUUAUAGUAGCUUUGCAUUCCUUGUAGCAAGCACACUUUCACGUGUGAUUGCAAAAAAGCUUGCACUGCUGUGUGCAGCUGAUUCAUGACCCAACGGGGGACUUCUUUGUUGCUUCUUAAUUAUGCCUAGCAUCCUGUCAAUUAAAGACUUUUUUUCUACCCAGAAAGGCAAAAAUCCUGUAAAAGCAACGUGCAGAAUGACUAAUGUAGUAAGACUAGGCUGAAUAUUAUGUGAGGGGGAUGCAAAAAGGCUGGGAAGACUGGAGCAUGUGCUGAAUGACCUAGUUACCCGAGAUUUGUUUGACCCAUAUGUGCAAUACUUCUACCCUUCCAAGCUGUAUCCCUGAAAGGUGUAAUUAGGGUAUUGAGCCAUGGUGGACAGAGAAACGCCACUUCCACUCAUCAGAUUAGUAGGAGGAAUUUCAGCAAGGGGUUGCUGAGAGUCCUGGUCUAUUUCCCUUAGGUCAGCACUUCCAAGGGGGGUCAAUAAUUGCAGCGUUUGAAAGUAGGGCUUUUCUUGGUGUGUUACGAAUUCUCCUGAGGCAUUUAAAGAUGCUGUAAAAUGGAAGUAGUGGUCUCAUCUGAGUUUGUGCAUGUAGGGAGAGAAUUGUAAGAUAAAGUCUUUUCAAUGAACACUGCUUUCAAUUCCUCUUCUAGUGAGUUGUCUCUAUUGCAUCUCCUGGCAUUUGUGUUUAAUUUAAUAAAAGCAGUUGCUAGAGUACUCUUUAGUUUGUAGUUUAAAAGUCCCUAGCCACCAUCUUAACCAGGCCUGGCCUAAAAAGAGAAAGCUGCUGAGGAGGUUUUGUGCUCCGCCUGUUCCUGCUUGGCACAGUAAGGAGUGCUUUACCCCAGGUGAGAAAACUGUAGAUCAGGAAGGUACCCUGUCCCAGGGAACUCCUGUCUGUUGUCAGUGAUAGGGUCUUUCCAUAGCAAAACCAUUUCUAAGCCUGGCAUGAAGGAAUUAAAUAAGUCAGGAUUGCCACAUCCUUAUUUAACUAGUAAUUCUAGUGGAGAUAAAUUAUUUGUGUGGACAGUCUUAUCCCUAUGUCAGCUGACACUCUAUUUUCAUAUUUUUCCUGUUUCUGUUUAGAUUAAUCCUGGCUUUUUUUCAACUUGUAACUAGUUUAAUAUUUUUAGAUGAGGCCAGGGAUGUUUGGAUCUAAAAAGUUUAAGCCUAUUUUUGAUGUUCAAGUAACUGUUUGGAAUGAAACAGGAAUAAAAGACAUCAUACACUGAUGGAUUAGAAGUUGUCAAAGUAUGCUGAAAGUGUUAUUAGGUCUGGCACUACAUUGGUGUAUGAUUAAUGUUUGCUGUAUUUCAUUCUCUGGAUAGAAAAUAAAAUGAGGGUGAACCUCUUUGUAUUUGAUAAGGAUGUACCUAAUUAAAAAGGAACUGUUACAAGGUUUUACAUGAAAUCAAUCACUUGGAAGGAGAUAUACCCCUUCCUGUGGGUAAUUGGACUCUUGAUAAUUUAAAACCAGGAUUCAUGACAGUCUGUGAUAAAUUGGUCCCUUUUAGGCUACAGAAGCUAAGAAGUUAUAAUUACUGAUGGAUUACUGAGUGGUUGGAGGAGCAUGAUCAAAGAGAUGCAAAGAGAUAUACAGAAGAGAUGGUGGCUUGUGAAAAUGUAUUUUGUUUUUUUUGGAGGUUAAAGAAUAGAUGUGUAUCUGACAUGACAAAAACAAAAGCUGUGCAGUUUCUGAAAUCCAGAAAAUCUGAAUUCGCUAUGCGUAAAAAGCAAAAAUGGAGUGUUUGUGCAAAUAGAUUAAUUGCAAAAAAGAUAUGAAGGAAUCAUGUAAGAAAAGUUGAAAGUUUGCUAAACUAUUAUAAGAGAAACUGCCAUUAAACGGCUUAGAAUUUAUAACGCAAUGAACAAACCUGAGUAUGAUUCUUUGUUUUGGUUCCGUGAUGUAAACUGAAGAUAUUUGAGAGAUAUACUGCUAAAACUAGGGAUGGUAGUAAUGAACUCUUAUUGCUGUAUAACCGAAUAAAUAUUCUUCCAUAGUGAA